AAUUAAUAUGAUAUCUUUGACCACAUAGAAUCUGACCAAAUUACCCUGGUCUGCCACCUUGCUCCGCUCCGGCGAUUUCAUUGCCGAUCAUUAUUCCGGCGAAAUUGAGUCGUAGCUUUCGGCUGUGAAAAUCAAAGAUAGUUGUCAUUCAAAGCUGUAUGAAUUACCGACCAAUUUCUCAUUCACUGAUUGAUAAGUUUUUGCUAAUGGAAUCAAGUGCCAUGAAGAGGGCUAUGCCAUUUGGUGAACAAGUGGAUGUCUCAUCUGAUGAAUCAUCUUCGUCUGAUGGGGAUGACCAUAAAGCAGAAAGCGAGCAGAUGAGCAACAACAUUGCUGUCGACCAAGUUGUUGAAGAACUUGUUUCUGAAGGUACUAAAACUAUUUGUGAUCAUUUAGACAUGGUUAAGUGUGAAAGCGAGCAUAUGAGCGACAAUCUCAACAUUGGUCAAGGUGUUGAAGAACUUGUUUCUGAAGAACACCCUGCUACUAAACGAGAAGCCCGCUGUUCGGUGUACGCAAAGAACAAAAUCAGAAGAAGACCUGAGCUUCUCUGGAUCCUCCGGCUUUUUUUCCCUCUUCUCAUUCUGCUUUUAAUGGCAGAUCAGAAGUCGGAUGCAUUACUCAGAAGAGCGAGAAUGUACCAAGAGUACAUGCAACUGGUUCCUAUCCCCACACAGACUCACUCCACUAUUCCUUGCAUCUCUUGGGCAGGAUUGGCUGCAUCAAUUAAGAAGUUAUAUGGGCAACCACUGCAUUACCUGACCAACCUCUGCAUGAAGCAACGGGAUCAAAUGAGGGUUGGGGCCGAUGAUGAAGUUGAUCCAUUGGAGAUGCUCAUCCAUCCGACCAAAGCCGAAUCAAGCAUCUGGCUUAUGGAAGAAGUUCACAGGCGUACUUCGUCUCCUCAUUACCUUGCCAAACUCUGGCUUGCUGAUCCCAUGUAUCAUGUUUAUAUUGAUCCAGUUUUCCCAAAGUUGCAGAAUCCAUCCAAAUAGAUUCUUUCUGCAAUACCAAUCCAUGUGAUGGACUUUGUCUAUAAUCCUGAAUUUCUAGUUAAAAAAACAAAAUCGCUAUCUCCAUCACCCAGCCCAAGACAAAUUUUAUAUUUUAAAAAGUGUUUAUCAGAUGGCUGCUUUUGAGUUUAUCUCAUGUUUUCAUAUUGAUGUAGUA